CCCCAUAAAGUGAGGCCAUGAGGUCCACACAUGUGGAGAGAUAAUUUCUUUAGAAUAGAUACAAGAUAGAAAAAUGGCUUCACACUUAACUGGGGUCAUGUCUUCUUCUACAUGUUCCACCACUGCUACAAAUGUUUUUGAGAUUGGAAAGCACAUCACAGUGCUUCUAAGAGCUGAACCAGGCACUUGCACCACCAAGUCAUCUCUUCCUGUUCCCCCUCCACUGCAACUCUUGAUUGCUACGCCCUCUGAAGCAGGGGAGUUCCCGCUGCUGCUCCUCCUUCAUGGUUAUCUUCUCUAUAACUCUUUCUACUCCCAGCUCAUCCAACACAUAGCCUCUCAUGGUUUCAUUGUUCUUGCUCCUCAGUUAUACACUGUGGCUGGACCAGAUUCAAGCGAAGAGAUCAACUCCGCAGCUGCUGUAACAAAUUGGUUAUCCAAAGGACUCCAUGACUUACUUCCUCCCCAUGUUCGGCCAAAUUUAAGCAAACUAGGACUUGCCGGCCAUAGUCGUGGAGGCAAAACUGCUUUUGCUCUAGCACUGAGAAAAGCAUCCACUUCUCUGAAAUUUUCAGCCUUGAUAGGCAUAGACCCGGUGGAUGGAAUGGACAAAGGGAAACAAACCCCUCCACCGGUACUCACCUAUGUUCCUCAUUCAUUUGAUCUAGACAUGGCAGUAAUGGUAAUUGGUUCGGGUUUGGGUGAAGUGAAAAGGAACCCUCUGUUCCCUCCUUGUGCCCCCAAGGGCGUAAACCAUGAGGACUUCUUUAAAGAAUGCCGUGAACCAGCUUGUUAUUUUCUUGCCAAGGACUAUGGCCAUCUUGACAUGCUAGACGAUGAGACUAAUGGAAUUAGAGGGAAAGCUACACAUUGUUUGUGUAGAAAUGGGAAGUCUAGAGAACCCAUGAGGAGGUUUGUUGGAGGCAUUGUGAUUGCAUUUAUGAAAGCUUAUUUGGAAGGCGAUAACAGCAGUCUAAUCUCCAUUAGAGAUGGGCAUGCUACUGCACCAGUGGAGCUUCAAAAUGUUGAGUUUCUCGUGUGAAAUUUUAAAUGUUUCGAUUUCAAUAGUGGGUAUUUUUCUAGUAUGUUAUGAAUGUCCAAAGUUGUUCCCCUAAUUCCAAGGCAAGAUCCAACUUUAUUUGGAUGCCUGCUUCACAGGCAAUAUCUUAAUGCCAAGAUUAGCCACAACUUCUAUGAAAUCAUUGGUGUUCCCCUAAUGCCAGGGCAAAUAGACUCUGUUUGGAUGCUUGGUUGACUGGAAAUAUGAUAAUGCCGUGUUUGGUGAAAA